AUGGUGCUAAACAAGUUGAUGGACGACGCCGCUCAAUGGGCUGGGCCCCACAUCAUUGACCUCGCAGAUGGCAAGGUCAUUUGGUCAAGUGUGGAUGUCUUUGAGACGGCCUUUAAGGCCCACUUCUGCGUGGUCGACGACAAGAAGGCUGCACUCACCAAACUCGUCAAGCUGUGCAAGGCAUCGCACAAGCUCGGCAUGGUCAAGGACUAUACGGCUAGCUUUAAUGCCAUUGCAGUGCGCACUCCACUCUCCGACAAGGACAAGCGGGCACACUAUGUGGACGGCCUGCUAUACAAGAUUCAAAAUGAGUUUGCAGUCAUGGCGCAUAAGAUUGACACGCUGAAGAAAGCGCAGAAGGUCGCCCUUCGCAUAGACCAGCAGCUGGCCGAACACGUGGAAGCCAUGCCCAAAACCAAGGGCUGGGGCCGCUGUGGUAAACAAGUGGCAGCGGACCAACAUAGAUCUGAGGAACGAUCCUGCUUCAACUGCAGCGAGAAGGGCCACAUCCAGCGAAACUGCAAGAAGCCCCCGCGAGGACAGCAAGCAGCCACAUCCACCGCCACUCCGCCCAACCCCACCCCAUCCUCGAACCCCUCGACCUCAGAUGAGCUGGUCGCUCUCCAUUCACAGCUCAAGGAGCUCAGCAAUCAUAUUGCUGUGGUCAGUCUCGCCAAGAAGAAGGAGGGUUUUUGA